CCGGCCUCGAGCUCUCUCUCCGCCGGCGGCCGCACCUGCUCCGGCCAUGAUGAGCUUCAGCGGCGCGGACGCGCUGCUGGGCGCCCCGUUCGCGCCGCUUCAUGGAGGCGGCAGCCUGCACUACGCGCUGUCCCGCAAGGGCGGCGCGGGCGGAAUGCGCUCCGCUGCCGGCUCGUCUAGCGGCUUCCACUCGUGGGCGCGGACAUCUGUGAGCUCCGUGACCGCCUCACCCGCACGCUUCCGCGGCGCCGGAGCCUCAAGCACCGACUCUCUAGACACGCUGAGCAACGGACCGGAGGGCUGCGUGGUGGUGGCCCGCAGCGAGAAGGAGCAGCUGCAGGCGCUGAACGACCGCUUCGCCGGCUACAUCGACAAGGUGCGGCAGCUCGAAGCUCACAACCGCAGCCUGGAGGGCGAGGCGGCGGCGCUGCGCCAGCAGCAGGCAGGCCGCUCCGCCAUGGGCGAGCUGUACGAGCGCGAGGUGCGCGAGAUGCGCGGCGCCGUGCUGCGCCUGGGCGCGGCGCGCGGCCAGCUGCGCCUGGAGCAGGAGCACCUGCUGGAGGACAUCGCGCACGUGCGCCAGCGCCUAGACGACGAGGCCCGGCAGCGCGAAGAGGCUGAGGCGGCGGCGCGCGCACUCGCGCGCUUUGCGCAGGAGGCCGAAGCGGCGCGCGUCGAGCUGCAGAAGAAGGCGCAAGCGCUGCAGGAGGAGUGCGGCUACCUGCGGCGUCACCACCAGGAGGAGGUGGGCGAGCUGCUCGGCCAGAUCCAGGGCUCCAGCGCCGCGCAGGCGCAGGCGCAGGCCGAAGCGCGCGACGCCCUGAAGUGCGACGUGACGUCGGCACUGCGCGAGAUCCGCGCGCAGCUCGAAGGCCACGCGGUGCAGAGCACGCUGCAGUCCGAGGAGUGGUUCCGAGUGAGGCUGGACCGACUGUCCGAGGCAGCCAAGGUGAACACAGACGCCAUGCGCACAGCACAGGAGGAGAUAACUGAGUACCGGCGCCAGCUGCAGGCCAGGACCACAGAGCUAGAGGCACUCAAAGGCACCAAGGACUCGCUAGAGAGGCAGCGCUCUGAGUUGGAGGACCGUCAUCAGGCUGACAUCGCAUCCUACCAGGAAGCUAUCCAGCAGCUGGACGCCGAGCUGAGGAACACCAAGUGGGAGAUGGCAGCCCAGCUCCGAGAGUACCAGGACCUGCUUAAUGUCAAGAUGGCCCUGGAUAUUGAGAUUGCCGCUUACAGAAAACUCCUGGAGGGCGAGGAGUGUCGCAUUGGCUUUGGCCCGAGUCCUUUCGCCCUUCCAGAAGGACUCCCCAAAAUCCCCUCCAUGCCCACUCACAUAAAGGUCAAAAGUGAAGAGAAGAUCAAGGUAGUAGAAAAGUCAGAGAAGGAAACUGUGAUAUUGGAGGAACAGACAGAGGAGAUCCAAGUGACUGAAGAAGUGACUGAAGAAGAGGUGAAAGAGGCCAAAGAGGAAGAAGCGGGAGAAGAAGAAGCAAAGUCUCCCCCAGCAGAAGAGGCUGCAUCUCCAGAGAAGGAAGAGGCCAAGUCCCCAGAAAAGGCUAAGUCCCCCGUGAAAGAAGAAGCAAAAUCGCCAGCUGAGGCCAAGUCCCCCGAGAAGGAAGAAGCCAAGUCUCCAGCUGAAGUGAAGUCCCCAGAGAAGGCCAAGUCCCCAGUGAAGGAAGAAGCCAAGUCCCCUGAGAAGGCCAAGUCCCCAGUGAAGGAAGAAGCAAAAUCACCAACUGAGGUAAAAUCUCCUGAGAAGGCAAAGUCCCCAGCAGAAGCCAAGUCCCCUGAGAAGGCCAAGUCCCCAGUGAAGGAAGAGGCCAAGUCCCCUGAGAAGGCCAAGUCCCCCGAGAAGGCCAAGUCCCCGGUGAAGGAAGAGGCCAAAUCCCCUGAGAAGGCCAAGUCCCCAGUGAAGGAAGAGGCCAAGUCCCCAGAGAAGGCCAAGUCCCCUGAGAAGGCCAAGUCCCCAGUGAAAGAAGAGGCCAAGUCCCCUGAGAAGGCCAAGUCCCCCGAGAAGGCCAAGUCCCCAGUGAAGGAGGAGGCCAAAUCCCCUGAGAAGGCCAAGUCCCCUGAGAAGGCCAAGUCUCCCACGAAGGAAGAAGCAAAGUCCCCUGAGAAGGCCAAAAGCCCUGUCAAAGAGGAGGUCAAGUCCCCAGAGAAGGUCAAAUCUCCUGUGAAGGAGGAGGCAAAGGCUCCAGAGAAGGAGGUCCCAAAGAAGGAAGAGGCAAAGUCCCCCAAGAAGGAGGAAGAGAAAGCUCCAGCCACACCAAAAACUGAGGAGAAGAAGGAUAGCAAGAAAGAUGAGGUGCCCAAGAAGGAGGCUCCAAAGCCUGAGGUCCAGGAGAAGAAGGAACCUGCUGUGGAGAAGCCCAAAGAAUCCAAAGCUGAAGCCAAGAAGGAAGAGGCUGGAGACAAAAAAGCAGUGACCCCAGAGAAGGAGGCUCCUGCCAAGGUGAAGGAAGAGGCCAAACCCAAAGAGAAGAGUGAUGUGGCCAAGAAGGAGCCGGAAAAGCCAAAGAAGGAAGAGACGCCAGCAGCAUCUGAGAAAAAAGAUGCCAAGGAGAAGGCCACAGAGGCCAAGAAGCCUGAGGAGAAGCCCAAAACGGAGGCCCAAGCCAAGGAAGAGCCCAGCAAAGCCAAGACGGAAAAGGCUGAGAAAUCCUCCAGCACAGAGCAGAAAGAAAGCAAGCCUCCAGAGAAGGCCACAGAGGAGAAGGCUUCCAAGGGGGAGAAGUAAGGCAGGGAGAAAGAAACAUCCAGAGCAGCCAAAGAAACGUAGGAGGGUCUGGGAGCUCAAGGGUCGGUAUAACAAAUUUUCAUGUUUUCUCUCUUUCCUUUAUGUAAGAAGAAACUCUACUUAGAUGACGGGGCCCUCUUUCACCAAACAGGAAUUUUUGUUAGCAAUAUAUUAGCAAGAGGGCACCCCCAAUCCCCGACCCCACAUCCAAACCCUCCCCAGGCGAUGGACAAUUAUGUUAUGAUAGCUUAUGUAGCUGAAUGUGAUAUAUGCCAAAUGCCAUAUGUAAACACUUGACUAUAAAAACUGCCCCCCUCCUUUCCAAAUAAGUGCAUUUACUUCCUGUAUGUGCAACUGACAGGUGACUGCAAUAAUGAAUGAGCAGUUAGAAACACAUUAUGCUUGAGAUGUCUUAACCUAUUCCUGAAUGCCUUCUGUUUUCCAAAGGAGUGGUCGAGCCCUAGCCCAGAGCUCUCUAUCCUGGCAGAGCUGGAGCAGGUGGGGCUGGGCAUGGCCACUGAAUCAUGCCAGGGCGCACUUUUCCACUGGAGUCCACUUUCAAUUGCUUCUCUGCAAUAAAACCAAGUGCUUAUAAAA